AUGUCGUCGUGGGAUCAUAGACAGCACAUGCCAAACUUGCAGGGGAAAAUCGCCCUGGUAACAGGCGGCAACGGCGGUAUCGGCUACCAAAGCGUAGUCUUCCUUGCCAAGGCCGGCGCCAAAGUGUAUUUCGGGGCUCGCUCUACCGAAAGAGCUGAAGCAGCCUGCAACAAGAUGUACCAAGAGAACCCCAGCGUGCGACCGGGCCAAAUUACCUGGCUGCACAUGGACAUGGCCGACAUGAAGAGCAUUCACGUUGGCUGCGACAAGCUCCGCGAGACGGAGCCGAGGCUGCAUAUCCUCAUCAACAAUGCUGCUCACGAAGGAACAGAACCGGCCAAAAUAGUUGACCCCGGCGUCCAGGUCACCAUGCAGACCAACCACGUGGGUGUUUUUUCCCUGACGCAACAACUUCAACCGCUGCUCAGAGCUGCUGCCAAGGAGAAGGACUCGGACGUCCGUAUUGUCAUGGUGAGCUCGGGUGCUCCUUCAUUCUCUCACCCUGAAGACUACCGCCCAGACUUCUCCAACCCUCAUGGCGGCGACUUGGUGUAUCCAAGCGGCCAGUCACUGGCCAAGGACGACGGCUUCAUGGCUUGUAUGAAGAGAUAUAGCGUGUCCAAAAUGGCCUUGAAUUUGCAAGCCUCUGAGCUGCAAGCCCGUUAUGACAAGGAGGGCGUACCUAUACUUGUUGUAUCAGUGUGUCCUGGGACGGUGUGGACGCCUGGCACGUGGCGCGCGGUGCCGUGGUCCCUCUACCCGAUUUUCUGGCUCAAGAGUUACAACGAGAUCACGGGACCUAAGCCGGUAUUGUUCGCUGCCGUGUCUCCUGAAGUUCGGGAACAAGAGAGGUACUUCAAGGGACAGUUCAUCAACAGGAGCCACAGGGUCAUUAGGGGUCACCCGGCCACUCAUAGCGCUGUUUUGGCAAAGGAAUUGUGGCUGUCGACUGAGGAACUCGUCAGUGAAUUCAAUCAAAAGUAUAGAGACGGGAGGGAGGGCAGUGAUGGAGCCUCCUGA